AUGGCGGCGACAGCCACCAAUGGCAUCACGCAACCCAGGGGAAAGCAAGAGGGAGGAGAGAGCUACUUUUUCCAAGUGGUGGCAAGGCUCGAGGUGGCCGAAAACGUCGCUGACGACUGUAUCAGUUUCUGCCAAGUUUUCCAGUCGACGCCAUCGCCAAACGCUGAGUUUUCGAUCGCAGAAAUGGGGUGGGCUGGAGAGAGAGAGAGAGAGAGAGAGAGAGAGAUUUGGAAGUGGUCUCGUGGGAUUUGGUGGUCAGACGGCGACAAAAUCUCCGUAUGA